GGUGCCGCACGCGUGCGUUUCAAGUCGAAAGAAAUUUGUUCAUAAUUUGGCCUGCUACAGCGUCCCCAGUUUGUUUAUAUUUUAUAGUAAUUCAUAACACAAAACGGAAAUUUAGAACGUGUCGCGUGUGGCUAAGAAAAGCAACAUCACAAAACAGUUAUUGCUAACCAACUAACACACUAAAAUCCUGCCCCACCAAACGAACACAAGAUGCCACAAUCACCGAAAGGCGGUGCCACGCCCAAGGAUCCCAAAUACGAUCUGGGAAAAAUAGGAGCACGCGUGGAUCGGGUUAAUGUCACCGGUUUACUUCGCACCCACAACGAUUACGUGUUGCGGGCGGCCGACAAUCUGUUCAAGGCGAGUAACUUUCAGGACAUGAUGCUGGAGGCGAUGGCGGCCAAGUCGUAUCUGCAUGAGCUCGGCAUCUUCAAGGACGUCAGCGUUCAUAUAGAUAUCAGUCGUGGUGCAGAUGCCACGCCUCAGGGUUACGAGGUGACGUUCAAGGGCAAUGAGUAUACUCGAAUUAUGGGCUCAGCAGGCACUGAAAUUGGCCAGAACGAGGGCUCCCUGCGCACCGAGCUGACCAUACCCAAUAUACUGGGUCGAGGUGAGAGCAUCUCGCUCCAGGGCAGCUACAGCAGCACCAGGGCUAACGAUCUUCAGCUCAAGUUCUGGAAACCCUUCUAUCAUACGCGAUUCCGCGAGAAUCGACCCGAAAUGUCUUUUAGUGUGUUCCGGCAAACGGAUCGUUAUGAUAUCAGCUCUUUUCAGACAACCAACUUGGGCUACUUGGUGGACUUUAGUGCACACACAAUGCUGGGUGUAGAUCUCACACACUCGCUGCAGUAUGAGAACUCAAUUAGGGAUUUGGGUUUGCUGAACAAAUCUGUUCCCUUUGCCAUACGCGAGCAUUGUGGUCCCAAGUUGGCAUCGUUGCUGCGGUAUUCGUUGAUCUAUGACAACCGAGAUGGCAGCGUGUUUCCAACUCGAGGCAUCUUAUUGAAGUCAGUCAACGAGUAUUGUGGUUUGGGUGGCAACAUUUCUUACACAAGCAGCACGGCACAUGGAGAGGUGAAUGUGCCACUAUUUGCGGGUCUGGUUGCACAGUUCUGUGGCCGUGUCGGCGUCAUGAAGGAAACUAAGAAAACCACAAUACUGCCCAUUAACAAUCUGUUCUAUUGUGGUGGACCUUUGACGCUUCGGGGCUUUAAGUAUGGCGGUGCUGGGCCCGUUGUCGAUGGCACGCCCAUUGGCGCCCAGACAUUCUGGUGCACAGGCGCACAUUUGUGGACACCUCUGCCGUUUGCCGGCGUCUUCAAGGGCCUGGCCAGUCAUUUUCGGAUGCAUUUCUUCUACAAUAUGGGCAACAGCAACAGCUUUAGCACGGACAACAUGCGCAGCGCAUAUGGCAUGGGAAUAGCUGUUAAGCUGGCGGAACGUGCUCGUAUCGAGUUGAACUAUUGUGUUCCUGUGCGUAGGCAAAACACUGACAAGGUCCUGAAUGGUUUCCAGUUUGGUAUUGGCUACGAAUUUGUCUAAAUUCUCGCGAUAAAUUUCAAUUGUACUUAGCUAUAGAAGAAGCCUCGAGAGUCCCCCACAAACGGAGCAAUGUAGCUGCCCAAAAAUAGUCACUGUUAGUUUUAAAUCUACGAUAUUUUGUUAAAUUUUUUUCGUCGAUGCAUUUUAUCAUCCUAAAAUUUACUUGUAAACAAGAACACAUAUUAAGUAUAGUUUAUAAGGCGUGUACAUAGAAAAUAUAAUGUUGAACAAAUAAAAAAAGUCGUUAAAUCAGA